AUGUCUGGACGUGGUAAGGCAAAUGAAGAACUCGGGAAAAGAGGAGCGAAACGCCAUCGCCAAGUUCUCCGGGAUAACAUCCAGGAGGUCACCAAGCCGGCAAUCCACCACCUCGCUCGCCGAAGUGGUGUGAAAGGCAUCCCCGGUCUGACUUACGAGGAAACCCGCGGUGUCCUCAAGUUGUUCGUUGAGAACGUCAUCCGUGAUGCCGUCACCGAGCAAGUCAAGCGAAAGAGCGUCACUGCCUUAAAACGCCAACGCUGCACUUUCUACGCCUUCGGUGGUUAA